GUACUGCACCAUCUCCUUUAACGCACAGUCGCGUAGAUCGGUGAUCGGGGGUUUCCGCGGUUUGCCGUUGGCGAGGGUGUUUAUUUCUGAAGGCAAGGACGAGGCUGGGUAGAUUGGCGUGUGCGGCGCCAUCUUCUGAAAACGGCGAAUGAAACGGUAGAAGAGGGACUAUUGAUGAAAGGAAGAGAAAGGAGGGAUGGCGGAUGUGGGUGCGGAGAGGUUGGGGAUGAGAUUGAUGGGUGAGGUGGAGGAGUUGACGUUGGGCGAGCUCCUCGCUUCUCUCCACGCGCUCAUAAAUCCGUCUGAGCAAACUACAAUCUUCAAUGUCCCAGAACUCGACGCUUUACUUUUCACACCACAGCCAGCUCCAAUCCAGAUUCCGCAACAGCAACAGCACCACCACCACUCAGACGAUGACACAUGGAACCAUGCCCACGACGCGCGGAACGAAGUACCACGCCCUGUUCCUGCGACAGUAAAGCAGCGUAGCCACCCCAUCAUCGAACUCAUCUCCCCACCCCCGGCUUACCACCCCUCUCCCGCAGGCAAAACCGCCCUCGUCCACCUCCUCACCACACACGCCGUCCUCCCCUCACGCCUCGCCAGCGUACCCCUCUCGGGCCUCACCUCCGCUGUCGUCCUAAUCGACCCUUUGCACCACUUCUCCGUCAGCUACCUCGCCUCCACGCUGUCCUCGCACAUCGUCUCGUGCUUCACGGCGGCCGGGCAAGACGCCACCUCCCCAGACGCUCGGAGGGAGGUUAUAGCCUGCGUAAAACAAGCGUUGGAACACGUGCACAUCUUCCGGCCCAGUUCGUGGGACAACCUGCUUGCCACUUUACAAAGCCUAGAAGACUAUCUUUUCGACAAAGGGAAGCAUGGGAGCAUGCAGAGACCGGUACAUGCGCUUGUCAUCGAAGACAUCGACACCUUUAUUCCCGCCCUCCGGACUGCAUCGGGCUCAAACGCUAUUUCUACGGCGUCUGCGCUGCUCACGCGCCGACUCGAUACGCUCUCGGCGACGUUGUCCUGCGCAGUCGUAGUGACAAGUCGCUCCGCCACCGCAGCGGGAUUCCGCCCAAAUAUUCCGCUGAGCUGGCCGACACACAUGCAGCUUACGCGGCUAGCGGUGCGGCGGGUGGAGGUGGUGCCGUUUGCGCCGGGAAUGAGUAUUGUUGAGGCGGAAGCGGAGCGUGGGCAGAGGGGCGAAGUGGUGAGUAGGGGACGUUUUGAGGUGUGGAGGGUCGGAGGGGGUGGAGAGAAAGACGGUGCGGUUAUCAGGAUUGGGAGGGGCGUGGUGGUUGAGCGGGAAGAUGGUUAGGUGGAGGGAUGGGGAACGAUUGAUGGGCACGGGGCGUCCUAAUUCAAGGAAGACAUGGAGACAUGGA